AUGAUUAACAAAGGGGACCAUAUGAACAUCUUCUGUUGUUCCAUCAAGAGCUGUAGAAAGGCAUUUGGAAGUAAACAAGGGAUGGAGAGACAUGUGUUGACGCAUACCAAGGAAAGACCGUUUCAGUAUGUUGUUGGUAUUGACCAAUCAGAAAACAGAAUUUACCAAACCAGCCAAUCAGAAAGAAGGAUACAAGUUGGCCAAUUAGAGAGUAGUAAUUCGAAUUUUGAACAGCAGCCAUAUUUGGAAUUGUUACAUGAUGGCAUGAAAAUUCUGGUUUGUCAGUUUGAAAAUUGCGGGAAAACGUUUGCUGCCAAACAUAUGAUGGUGAGGCAUUUAAGAGUACACACCAAGGAGAAGCCGUUUAUAUGCGUGUAUUGUGGAUUUCAGUGUACACGGAAAGAUAAUCUAAGACAGCAUAUAAGGUGUAAACAUGAACAGUUUCUACUGCAAAUGAACAGUGACCAAGAGACAAAGUUAGCUUAG